AUGUCGCAAGUCAAGCUUCUGCAGCAUCUGAAAGAGAGGGGGAAUGACAUCUGUUACCAAGACGCGCUUCGAGUGGCUGUUCAAAGGGGUCGGAUGGGCAUUACAUCCUUGCUGCUCAUCGGAAAUGAAAGAAUCAAUGCAAAAGAUGAAACCGCUAGUACACUUCUUCAUUAUGCAGCAGCGCAUGAAAGGCUGGAUAUAGUCCAGCUCCUUCUCGAUCGAGGUGCCAGCAUUGAAGCGAGGGAUUGCAACGGAUAUACACCACUUAAUACGGCCGCUCAUUAUGGGAAAACAGAUUCAGUCAAGCUGCUUGUUAAUCGAGGCGCCAACAUUGAAACAAGGACUAAAGAAGGCCAAACGCCACUUAUGCUUGCAGCUUGGAAUGACAGAAUAGAUGUGGUGAGAUGCCUUCUCGAGCAAGGGGCUGAUACGGAGGCGAGGAACUACUACGGUCUUACGCCGCUUACUGGUGUAACUUAUGAUGGACGAGCGGAUAUAGUCGGGUUACUUGUCGACGGGGGAGCAUAUAUUGAAAGCCAAGAUGAUAGCGGUAAGACGCCGCUUGCGUGGGCAGUUGAGGGUAAUAACGUGGAUGUGGUCAAACUACUGCGGAGUCGAGGGGCCGGGAAAAUCAUAUGGGAUGCGACAGCCGAAGCUCGAUAUUAUUAG